AUGGGUCAUCGUGCACCAUCAUCUGUAUGGGACAAUGAAGAAAUACAAAAUGAAUGUAAAAUUACAUUAGGCAGACGUAGACCAAUAGAUAAGAAAACAGAUAAAGGGGGAAGGGGAAUAAAAGGGGGGCCCUCUUACCAUCCUUCCUAUAAGGAAGAGGGAGGAGGGGGACCCUCCCCUCCUCUUAGUCAAACAGAAGAAGGGUGGGUGAAGUUCUUAGAAAAAUACAAAAGACCACCAGCAGUCUUUAGUCCUUCUUUACCUAAAACUAUUGGAAGAAAGAAAAAAUACCAACAAGAAAAUCCACAACUGCAUGCAUCGCUGGAAGACGACAACUUUAGCACAACUAAAGAAAAGGGAAAGGAGGAAGAAGAAGAAUCCAUGGAUUUCCCUGAAGAAAAAGACCCUUAUGCAGGUCUGUUUGAUUAUGUUUCCCUUAAAGGAGGAGCUUAUCAAGAUCUAACACACGAAGAAGUUACUCGCAUGAAAGAGGCUUAUCAACAAAAGCUCCUCCUAGAUAGAAGAAUUCGAUGGCUUAAGGCAAGAGCUCUGCCUGAUCCAGAGAGGGAAGCAGCAGCUAUUAUCAGACAGGGAGGCGAACGUCAGAGAGAAGAUUCUCUUAUCAAGUCCUUAGGCUUGGAUGACGGUGUGCGGGAAGCGCGGCGCAUUGUUCGAAUGGAAGCAGAUGCAGAGCGACAAGAAUUGGCAUCUCGCAUAAGAGCAAAGAUACGAGAGGAGAAACUUGCAAAUGCAAAACUUAUGAAGACUGCACUGCCUAAUGUUCAAGGCCAAAUCAUCGAUCCCAUUAAAUUUCACAUAGCCCGCAGGACAGUCCGCCAAGCUCGACUCUUGCAGUCACAGCUGGAAGAAUUCCUUACGUGGAACUCGGCGGAGGUCCUCUAUGGCCUCCUAGGUGGUGCCUCCGUUUCUAUCCAUCAUGUGGAACAGCAAACUACCAGGUGA